UGUGGCACAAGUGACAUUUACUGAACUCCAGAAAAGUAGUCAGUUUAGGAUUAAGUCAUUAACAUAGUCUUCUGUGUUGUGUUACUGAUGCGUUGUGAAAAUUGUCUUUCCUCUAGAAUAUCCUUUUUAAUUUGCAGAAGUAAUUUGAGUUAUACACGAACAAAAUCCCUGUGCAAUUGCUUGGGGACUUCCCGAAGCGGCCAAUCUUCUCACUGUCACAUGCGAGUACUCAGGACACAACAUAACAACUGCACAACCUUGAUCCUGCGCAGCAAGAGACAACAACGCACAACUGGCUGGAGUUGCCGCAUGUUGAAUUCGGGAUUCAUGACGGCACUCCUUUACAAUCGCAGUCUGAGAGCAGAGCAGAGAGCCAGCAUCUGAUUAGAAGAGCUCUGAAUUCUUAAGACUUGUCCAGACAAGGCUGCAAAAAUGAUUUUCUUACACGAGCAGACCUAGGAAAAACUGCAAAUAUUUCUGCUGUAGGCAAUGUUUGUUUGACAGUUCAAAAAUAAGUGAUGGCAGUUGUUGGCGAAGAUGUCUGUGUGGGUGAAAGAUGCAUCGUGCUGGUGGGGAACCGGGGAGCUGGGAAGAGCUCAGCUGGAAACACCAUCCUCGGCAAAGAGGUGUUUGACUCAAGGAGAACCACUCAGUGUGUGAAGAGACAGGGAGAUGUAGCAGGGAGGCAGGUGACCGUAGUCGAAGCUCCAGGAUGGUGGAGAAAUUACCCUCUGGAGGAAACUCCCAGACUGACGAAAGAGCAGCUGGAGCUCAGUGUUUCUGUGUGCCUACCAGGACCUGACACCUUUCUGCUAGUCAUUCGUCUGGACUCUCGAUUCACCGAGACACAGCAAAGGACAACUGAAGAGCACCUGAGUCUUCUCGGUGAGAGAGUCUGGAGACAUACAAUAGUGCUGUUCAUCUCUGGGAACCGGCCGGGUGACACCAGCAUAGAACAACACCUGAGAGAGGAGAAAGCUCUUGCAUGUCUUGUUAAGAAAUGUGGUAACAGAUAUCACAUCCUCAACAGCAGGAGAAGGGAUGAUACCACGCAGGUCACAGAGCUGCUGGAAAAGAUUGACCAUAUGGUGAUGGGGAACAAUGGCUGUCAUUAUGAGGCGGACACAGAGAGACUGCAACAGUUGGAGCAGAAGAGGAGGGAGACUUCUGACCAAAGGACAGACAUAAUAGAGACGGUGAAACAACAAAGAGCGUUUCUCAGGACAUUAAAAGGUGAUCUCAUCAAUCAUAUAUCUGUUUGUUAAUGUAUUGCAAGUUUUUUUAUGUUUGCUAAUGAAAUAAGGUGUAUGGAAAGUUUUGUAAUAUUCCAUAUAAACUAAAAAUGUAUUCUUCCACAAUAUGAAGGUGUCCUAAAAUAAUAGUUUUGUGACAAAAAAUGUUGGUGUCUCUUUGGUCAGAUGAUACAUUCCCUCUCUCCGAGCUGAGGAUCUUGCUGCUGGGUUACAGAGCAGCCGGGAAGAGUUCAGCAGCAAACACCAUCUUAGGGAGGAAGGAGUUUGACCUGAGGAGAGCGGCUCAGUGUGUAAAGAGACAGGGAGAUGUAGCGGGGAGGAAGGUCACUCUGGUCGAGGCUCCUGGAUGGUGGAGAAAUUACUCUUUGAUUAAUACUCCUCAACUGAUCAAAGAAGAGAUUGAGUUCAGUGGCUCUUUGUGUGCCCCAGGACCCCAUGCUAUACUGAUAGUUGUGCGUGUGGACUAUUCGUUUACAGAGACCCACAGAAGAGCAUUAGAGGAACACCUAGGCCUUCUCAGUGAGACAGUCUGGAAUCACACUAUAGUGUUGUUUGUCUUUGGGGAUUGGUUGGGAGACACAAUCAUUGAAGAGCACAUUCAGAGUGAAGGAAAAGACCUCCAGUGGCUGGUUGAGAAAUGUGGAAACAGAUAUCAUCUCCUUAACUGUCAGAGCAGUGGUGACGACAAACAGGUUGCAGACCUUUUGGAAAAAGUAGAAGAAAUGGUUGCAGGAAACAACAAAUGUCUUUGUAAGAUUAGGAAUGGAAGGAUAGUUGAGCUAGAAGAAA